AAUUGAAUUGAGCAUCCAUAAGACCGGUCAGUGACAACGCAUACACGUAACUUUUUGAAUUACCCGCCCUGCCGUACUCGGCGAUUGGAUUCUAUAAAAGCAACCAAAUGGUCAAGGGUUCUUUAUGAAAAUGUCCCUCCUCAAAAUCCCACUCAUUCUUUCGUCUGCUGUCGCUGUGCACGUAGCGCUCACUCCCCCGCACGCUCCAUCGAAGAGCGAAGUUGUUCAUGAUACCUUUAAUGAGUGGGUUAUCAUCCAGCACGUUAGAUACGGGCUCCCGAUAUCAAAGAUAGUUUACUGGGGUAUUUCUUUGGCAGAAAUAGCUCUCAUCGUAUCUCGUACGAUGGACCUCAAAACACUUCCCAGCGUGGUGCAAAGCACAAUCGGUCCAUUUCUUCCAAGGAUCCAGGACGUGCCAAUCACUCGUCCUUUCAUUCUCGGCACCGCACUUGUUGCCUCAGCGGGAUACCUCCGCUGGUCGUGUUUUCGGACCCUUGGUCAUUUCUUCACAUUCGAGCUUACCGCCCGCAAGGGUCACCAGCUUGUCACGAGUGGACCAUAUUCGAUCGUACGCCAUCCCUCCUACGCAGCUGCUAUUCUGCAGUAUAUCGGUGUAACGAUCUUGCACGGAUCUGCGGCUUCGUGGGUUAGACAAUCAGGGGUCUUAGAUCUCCCUGGAGUGAAACUGGUUCUCCUAGCAUGGUUGUUGGAGAGAACGAUUACUGUCACAAGCCUCGUGCGCAGGAUCAAUCAAGAGGAGGAGGUCGUGAAGUCAAUGUUUGGAGACGAAUGGCAGAGGUGGGCCAAUGCGGUUAGGUACCGCAUCAUACCCGGCAUCUACUAAACCCAAUCCCCACUGUGUCGGGAAGGCCUAUUACGAUAAUAUGCAACAUUUUCAACGAAUCUUUUGUAGCUCUUCGAUGAUAUCACAUAUUCUUUCUUGACCCAUCAUAGAUUCGCAUCUCCUCUACAUGGAUCCGAUUUUACUGAUUUUUAGGAUGAUGUAGUGUGGUGUCGGAGCAAACCCGAUAAAACCCAGGGUCUACCCACCGGA